AGACAGGCAUGGGGGAACUGACACAGGACCUUCACAUUUUCUCCACAAACAGUGCAGUACAUAACAUCACCAUGUUACACAAGACAGGUGCGGAUGUAGUGCAAAUUCAAGCUCAAGAUUCUCAGAGAAACCCUGACACAGGACAUAUAACAAGAAAAAGUAGUCCACAAACAUUUGAUAAACAAACAUGCUUAAGCAGAACGUUAAUUGUUGGUCCAUCAGCUCGCUUUAUGCUCAUCAAAAAUAUAGAUCUGUCAGACGGAUUGGUCAAUGGUGUAUUCGGUACUGUUUGCAAAAUCACAUUUGAUGGAAACAAUCAGUUUCCCAAAAACAUUUUGGUUAACUUUGAUGAUGACAAAAUUGGCAGGAAACUGAGGAGUAGGUCUAUAUGCUCAGAGCCACAAUUUCAACAAGCAACACCCAUAGAUGCUGUGGAAGACAAAACAAUGACUGGUGGAGCUAGACGCCAAUUUCCAUUACGCCUAGCAUUGGCCUGUACCAUACACAAAGUUCAAGGUUUAACUUUAGAAAGAGCUGUAGUGUCCCUUAAAAAUAUAUUUUCAGCUGGCCAAGCAUAUGUAGCAUUAAGCCGAGUAACAUGUGUAGAAAACCUUAUCAUUCAAGACUUUAAAGCCACUGCCAUCUAUUCAAAACCAGACAUUGACAUUGCCCUGCAAAAAAUGGAACCAUUCAUUGCAACUCCCCCAGCAGAAAUAACUUCAACUCUCAAAAUAUGCCUACACAACAUUCAAGGUCUAUGUCAACACAUGGAAGACCUUAAACAUGACCAGAGAAUCUUGAGUGCUGACAUCAUUUGCGUGACAGAAACAUGGCUGGAACAAAACACAUCAGUCAAUUCCAUUGAGAUGCCAGGUUGGAUAUUUAAUCACAAACUCCGGUCCCAAUCCUACCAUAACAUGACCCAAUUCCAAGACUUGGAAACAGCAUGGUGGAGUGGGCUCCUAUCACAAAGACCACAUCACUUGUAACAUUAUACACAUGCCAUGCAGUGACUUGGAAGCAGGGGCGGACUGGCCAUCGGGAGGUUCGGGAGAGUUCCCGAAUGGCCGAACGAUUUCAGGCCGAGCCGGCCGGCCGUAAUUCUUUUAGAUUUUAUUUUAUUUUUUAUUUAUUUUUUAUUAUAUAUAUUUUUUGUUGUAAAAGAUGUAAAAAAAAAUGAAAACGUUAAGAAAGCCGUGAUUUGGGGUGGCCUGCUGCCGGAUAUUUGCUUACAGCGUGAAACUGAGCUCUUGCCUGACGGUGAAACGGGGCCGAUGUAUUGCUGUCAAUUUAGAGGGGGGAGCACCUCCACAGUGUAUGGGGGCAAAGCGAGCGGCCAAAGCAACGACCGAACGGCCCCUCCCAACUUGGACUGCUCCGCGGUCUGUCAUUUCUGUUUGGCUCAGCCUGACACACGGCCGGGUCACUUACUUCUCGUUGAUCUCACUGAAGUUACACAGAAAUACGAAAAUGUCAAAAAGGAAAAAAGGUGGUGGAGAGGAAAAAGAAUUGGGUGGCGCUCAGAAGUUGAGGUUGAAAAGGAAAAAAAAAUUAGAGCAAGACGCAGCCAAAUGUGCUAAAUUAACCAACCUUUUCCGUGGAGAAGCCAAGGUUGACGGCGACGCCCCUGUCAGCGAGACCAAUGGUGAAGCGGGAACAGGACACAGCGGCAUAGCUAUGACAGGUGCACUAGCGAGCAUGUUUGGCAACAUAUGUUGACUUAAACUAAUUAUGGAAGUACCAGAGACGUCGGAAAACUAUUCAUAAUAUUGUAAUGACCACGGAAGAGGCAGUGAAUGAAGUAUUGAUUAGAGAGCGAUUUAUUAGAUGCCACCGCUAAUAAACCAUUGGAACACUUCAACACCGGUAACCACAGCAACGCACAACAAACCCCGGCCCGCCCCCAUCUCCCAAACCCGUGUAUGUGUAUGACAAUUUUUUUCCACUAAAAUAAUCGUAUCUUGCACUAUUUAGAUCAUUUUCAGCCUUGAUUUACCUUUCUAGGCACAUGCAAUUUCUUAUAUUUUGUACAUGGACAAGAUUGCUUAGAAAAUAUUUCCCAGUGAUCUUCAGAAUAUUCUAAACACAUGCACAUCCCAACAUUGAGAUGCAGUUGCAAUGCACAUAUCCAUGGAUAAGGACUAGUUUUUAUUAUUUUACACCGUGGCAAAAUUCUACGCACGCUAUUCCCGCGGCCUCAUAAAAGGCCUCUCCAUCCCAAAGUCCCGGGCCAAAUUUUUGUCCCAGUCCAUCCCUGCUUGGAAGCCAUCAUGUUUGAUGUUCAGCCUUUGAAUUAAAAUUACAUUGUGCUGCACAAACCGCCAUCAUAUAAACUCGCCUUAUUCAAACACAAUCUCGCUUUGGUAAUACAACACUUUAACCAACUUUCAGGAGGAAAGGUAAUUAUGGGAGAUUUCAAUGACAAUGCCCUUGUUUCUAAAUCUGCAGAAAAUUUCAUGCAACAGCAAGGUUACACCCAUAUUGUCUCUUCGCCAACAACAGAAAAUGACACAACAAUUGAUCACGUAUACAUUCGUGACAUUAAUCCCACAGAUAUCUAGGGCUGGCCUGAAUGCCAUUUUUCAGGCUUCGAAUACUCGUUGGUUUUUCCGAGCGAAUAUUUGAAUACUCGUUCCAGAAAAAAACACCAUCAAAAACAACAUUAAUAAUCCCUAUAUACUCCCUGGAACCGAUUUAGACAGUAUCUGCAUAUUUUGUUGAAGAUUUAAUAGCUUUUGAACGUUAAUUAGUAGGCCUUAAUAGGUUGAAGUUCCUUAGUUUUUCCCUGUGAAAGUGAACAGCUGUUGCUCCGUUCCAAAUCAGCUGUUCUCUGCCAUCUCAGCCCUUACGGGAGCUUUUCAAUUCAUCCUGGAACGUGCAUCUUUUCAGGGAAUUUGUACAAUAAAUCCAUAACAAAUACAGAAUAUUGAUUGUCUUAUGUGUCCAUAUUAUAUCCAUUAUAUUGACAGGGUAUUCCCAAGACGAUCACGCUCUGCAGCAAGCCAGUCACAGUUGAUUGGCGCGGCGCUGUGCAGCGAACGUAAACAAACAACUAAGCUAAGGUUUUAAGUAUUACUUUUCCUCCAGAGCCCUGUUUCAGGUAGCUGGUUUUGAGGCAACCCCGAGUUUGUUCGCUCUGAGUUAGUCGAAACUCUGGGUUUUCCGUUUCAGGUAGCAGGUUCAGCGCAACCGAGAGUUACUUGCUGCGGCAACAUACGCCGUGGACCUAACCUGCUCGGGAGGUGGUUAGACCUACUCUGAGUUUGUUGUCUAUAAGGCUGAAGGCAGCUCUCCGACAGAAGGAAGUGUUAGAAAUGGCAUGUCCUUUUCUACGAGAGCCUGUGGACGUAGAGGCUGCGAUCCUCAGAAGGAAUCUCCGUGAGGAACGAUUAUUAAGACCCCGGUUGGAUAUACUUUAUUUUCCUGAUAAUUUUCUUCACGAGUGCUAUCGUUUUUCAGCGCAAUCUAUCAUUUAUUUAGACCACCUUCUCAGCCCCCAUGUUAACUGUCAAACGCACCGGGGGCAUGCUUUAAGUUUAUUUAUUAUUUUUUUAUCGCAAUUAACGCAUGUGCAGAAUGAUCCGCCCCGUGCAUCCCACCCGCUCUGUACUACAGUCACUUCAACGUUGUGGCUUUCCCAUGAUCAGAGUAGCUGACUAACCACGGACCUAUAACUGCUGCAAGUCAAGAAACUCAUUUUAAGAAUGCAAGGCAGAAAAGACCCUGGUACUGCUUUUAACCAGAUGCUGUUCUUCUCUACAUGCACAUGCUCAGCAUAAUCGUCUGCAUUGUUCACUGAAGUAAAACCCUUUGAGUAAACUGUUCAACAAAAUAACUUGUCCCACCACAGCCCGUGUUCUAAUAAAGACAAUCUACUUAUUAUGAGGAUUUUUUUAUUUCCUGAAAGCACAAAAAAAAAAAAGUCAUUUAUAUUGGGUAUGUUUUUAGAGCAGGGAACAGUAGCCUAUCCCAGUUUGCACCUCACCCACCUAUAACUUAUGUUCCAAAAUUUGGAUCUCCAAAGCAUCCUUUUGCAUCUUUUGAAUUGUUACAAUUGCAUGGAGGUUGGUGAGGGCAUCUGGUUCCAGUAGGGCGAUGACGCCAUCAGUAACUGGAAGAAGAUGAUUAGACAGUGCAAUUAUUACUUGAGCCAGAAUAUUGCCCCAUCUAAUUUGCAACGCGCUGGGUUGCGUGUACAUAUUUAAUUAUUUUGAAUAACCAACCUCUUAUACUGUAAAGGCACUUCUAUCCUGGGGGGUGGGGGGGGAUCAGAGGAGCUCCCCCCAGGGAUGCCCUCAGCCACAGGACGCAUACUCUGUUGGCUGAGGGCCGUCUCCUCAGCCUCUGUGAGAGCUGCUCGUGGUGGACCCCAUCCAGUCUGCCGGGCCUCUGCAUUUUUUCGAUUUGCUAACAUGGAGGAAAAUGUUACCCUAAUAUUCAGUAAGCGCUAUUUUGAAGACACAUAUAUAUUUAUAAUGCAUUUUGCCUAGGUGUAGCCUUCUAAUAUAUCUAAAUCCUAUUCAAUAUUGGCAGUGUUGGGGUGGCUGGGAAAUGUACUACUUACAUUUACUGCUUAAAUAUAGUAUACAAAUAUAUAAUACAUGUUGAACAUAGCUGUUAAAUUAGGUAGAGCAGGCAAAACAGCACAAUUGAUUUGAUUUCAAUUAAACAUUAGUUUACCUGUUUAAACUAUAUUUUUGUACUUCAUUUGCUGCCAAGUCCUCGUGGGGCAACUCGGGGUUGCGUAAAUUGACACACACACACACAUAUACACACACACAAUUUACAUAUUGAAUAAGUGGAAGAUAUUAAACUUUCCUCUUAUUUUAUUUUAUUUUACUCACGCAUUGACUUGUUCAGCUAUUACCUGCCAAGCUCUCUCUCGCGCUCUCGCUGCCGCAGCGGAAUUUCUUUUUUUUUUUAAAUGGGUAACUGCUCGGCAUACACGAUCAUUAGAAUUUCCAAUUCCGUGGGGGAAAAGUAAGUGGAUCUACGCUUUUGGUCCAUGUUUGAUCAUGUUAUCAGAGAUCCAUUGAUGAUGGCUCUUCAUAGUCAGCAGGCACGCCCUCAACCCAGAGUGAACAUACUCAGAGUUGAUUAACCCAACGCUGAUCACCUGUUCUGAAACCGAAAACCCAGAGUUGCUUUUCAACCCUGAACUCUGAGUCAACCAACUCAGAGCGCAGGAUUAAACUCAGAGUAUGUUAAACCAGCUACCUGAAACAGGCCUCAGAGAUCCCGCUAAUGUUGUGUUAUAAAGUAAAGGGAAACAAGAUAUCUAUUCUUCCUCCACCUCUCUCGCUUCUCUGAUUGGUGUCGCUGACGCUUACUGUCCGUCCACACCAGAAGCGAAUUGAGCGAACAAAUCGCCGGAAGUCAUUCACUUUCUAUGGGCAAGAGCGACCAGAGCGACCAAAGCGACCAACGCUACCAGCGGCCAAAGUUGAGCGACCAGAGCGUCAAAAAGAAGUUGAAAACUUUUUAACUUUAUGCAAAUUACUAUUAUUCGCUUCAGCGACCAAACACUGACAGCCAAUCGGAAUGUAGACGCUUUUCGCUUGCGUGGAUCCCAGGGAACAUCGGCAGGCACUUUGGUUCCUACCUACCUUUAUUCACUCACUGAACAAAAUGUCGGCUGAAGUAUUAAUCGCGGCUGUAACUGGGCACCCGGUGUUGUACGAACCCACCCUUUUUCAGUUCAGAGAUCGAAACGCCAUAGUGGUUUGGAUAUCAAGUGAUGAUAAGCGGGAGUAUUUAUAGGCUACAUCUAGAACGUUCGUAUUUAAGCGGGAAUCAUUAUAAUUUGCUCUACAUGCCACCAAUCUAACCAACCAAUCGCGUGUAGCAUGCUUUAAACAAAACCAAAAAAGUAUUUGAAAUCGUCACAUAAACAAACUAAUCGACAAGACGAGGGAUAAAUGACAAUGGAUAAAUCUCUUGUCUUUUAUCCCUCUAUUCCCCACUAUUCACGGAGCCUGAGGUGAAUAAUUUUUAAUUAAAUAGUCUAGAUAGAUAGAUAGUCAAGUCUUUAUUAAUACCAAACGACACAAAUCGUCGGGAAUCCAUUUAGGUGGUUCGUCCCACACAGGACAGUAGCCUACAAUACCACACAGAACAAGUCUGACUGGAUAAUACACACAAUACAUCACAUUAAAACUAAACACGCGUUGAUAGAUAGAUAGACAGAAAGGCCUAGAUAGAUAGAUAGAUAUGUUCCAUUAUUUGCCUUGCGGAGCCAACCAGUCCUGUGCACGUAUGCAAAUUAGCCAUGUGUCCCAAUGUCUAUUUGUUUUGAAUGCGACGAAUGAGUGCAGAUCAUGAUUUGCAGAUCCAGAUCAGUGAAACAUAUUUUAACUACUACAGCACGCAGGGUUUUUUGUUCUCGGUUGUAAUUAGCCUACAUUUUAGGAUUUUUUUUAUAUUGGGGGGAAUCACUGUCCUACUUGUUGUCGAAGCACUUUAUCGAACAAGCAAAACCGUCUCGGCAAUAUGGCCAAGGUGUAUGGGAGAGUUCACUAUUUGAUAUGGCUGUCUGUAGGGCCUACUAAACGCAUACGGCUCCUUUAAAUGCGUCUGCAUAAUUGAAUUGUACGUCUUGAGCGACCAAAGCGAACAGAAAAAUUCGCAGCGAAACUUUGUGAGCGACCAGAGCGUCUUUGACGCUUUGGUCGCUCCUGGUGUGGACGUACAGUUAUAGUUUGCCUCCCUCGCUCUGGUAACGUCACGUACGUGGAAAAAAAACAAAAACAAAGCUCUGAAUACUGAUUUAAGCUUCGAAUACUAAUUUUCCGAACGAGUAUUCGAAUAAUUCGGGCCAGCCCUACAGAUAUCAAAGUGCAAAUUCUGUCCACAUACUACAGCGAUCAUGAAUGUCUGUUUAGAUUUCCUCUAUGCCAACUAGAGUUUAACCUGUAUCAUCUUGAAAAAAAAAAAUUUAUAGCACUACCCAUGGUUGAGCUAAGCAAAUCUGGAUUACAGGCCUUUGCCCACUUCUAAACCAUUAAUGACAGUUAGAGGAACACCUGUCCUUAAAUUUACUGCAUUUAUGUUCCUCCUUUUCUAUUUUUUCUAAAUAAAUAUUAUUCAUUGUUAACUUUUUAGAUUUGAACUUUAAAUUUUCACCCCAUUUUAUUUUUAUGGAUUUGCCCCUCUAAUCGAAGCCAUAGAUAUGUUGUCCCUUUUCAGCUUUUUUUCCCUAUUCAUCUAUUACUUACAAUAUACAAUAGGGGUACAUUGAUAAACUAUUUGUUAAUGCUUAGUUAAUAACUCAUAGCUAACUAACCAUUUCUAAAUACUUACGUAAUGCUUAAUAAUCAUUAACUAAGUCAAACUAACUGUUAUCCUUAGUUAAUGCUAAGAUAAGCAUUAACUAAGUAAAACUAACUGUUAUGCCUAGUUAAUGCUAAGGUAAGUAUAGUUAACUAAGCAUACUUAAUGCCUAACCAUCAUUACUUAACAUUAAAUAGUGUUAAAUACACAUUAACAAACCAUUAAUAACAUUACAUAAGUAUUAAUCCACAGAUAUAUGAUGUACCCUCAUUGUAGUGUGUUAGCCAUGGAUUUAGGUUACCUUUUUAUUCAAUCUUUAAAAUACCAUUUUGAUUUGAAAACCCAAA